ACCACAAAAAAAUCGGGAGGAGGUGACAAACUAAACUAUGUAAAAAAAAGCCACAAUUGCAUUCCAGUCAAUGAAAAACGAGCAAAUAAUUAUGCUUAACGACGUACAAAAAAAAAAAAAAAAAGAGAAAUGCAGACAGGAGUUUGGCGUUGUAGGCUUGUAGGCGUUCUGUCGUUUGGCCACAUUGUCAAGUAAAGCAGAAAGAAAAGAGAGGUGUACACGAUGCAUAGGGAAUCUCGGCUGCUGUAGCAGCGUAUCCUGCUGUUUUUGGUUGUCACAGUACAAUUUCUUGUGAUAGUGAGCGACAACCAAUUGCAGUGACCGACGUUCUCUUUUCAUUUUCCUCCUAGAUCGAUGUUUUGCGUACACUUGUCCAGAUGGCUGGCCUAGGAAGAAACGAUUCAAAGAAACUGACUUCACUGUUACUACAGCCGCCGAACUCAAGCUUCUCGUGGAAUGACGUGCCCAGUGGAAACAUUCUCAUGCCAGUGACUCAAAUGGAACCUGGAACUGAAGAUUAUGCAGAUGCAGAUACGUUCUUGGGUCAAGAGCCAAAUAAAGCACAGCAGUUUCCCACUGCACCUGAAAAGGCCAGCGUGGCUGAGUCUUCGCCAUCAGGAUCAUUCUCCCAACUGCAGCAGCCCCUGCGACCACCGCCAGCCCAGAUGCAGGCAUCACCACUGACACAAUUUGUUGGGUCACCAGUGGCUCCUACAGAGAACCUUUCAGCAGUGCCUGAGGCAUCCUUCCAGGCAUCACAGCCACUGCAAGACCAAACAAGCCCUGCUCUUGCACCUCCUCCCAUGGGUCCACCCAUGAACUUCCACCGUCAGAGUCCCUUGACCCAUGCUUCCUUCCUGCGCCAGACAGCCCCCUCGUCGCACACAAUUGCAUCAGGACCGGGCAUUGUUGCAACCUCCCCAAUUGGCCAGUCUCAAGGAGCGCUUUCACAUCAGGGACCUGGCCAGAAUGGUCCACCUCCACAGAACUUCUACGCUCCAUCGUUGUCCCAGACCAGUGCUUUCUCACAUGACCCUUCAUUCAGUGCCUCUCCUCCUGCUUCCUUUGAGCAACCACUGCACUCAUACGUGCCUGACCAUGCCCAGAUCCCUGUCUCUCCACCAGGUGCGACGUAUGUUCCUGUGAGGCCUCACUGGUUUUACAACAAGGAAAUUGAGAACAAAAUUGUUUGGAUACCUUUCUCCCUGUUGGACUCAACCAACCUGGAGGAAGCGUCUGCAAGGUUGGCUUUUGGCAGUGAAAUUGUUGUGACCACAGAUGGUGGAAGGUAUGAUGUGGAUGUCGGUGCUCGGUUGCGCCGUCCAGUGUACUGGGAUGAAACACCCAGUCAGGUGCGACGUUGCACCUGGUUCUACAAGCUGGAAGGCCAGAACCGCUUUGUGCCCUAUGAAGAACAUGUGGCCUUCAUUUUAGAAGACCAUUACCGAAAGGCUAUGGCCACGGGAAGUUGGCACCAAAAACUGGAACUGCCUGGAAAUCAGACAGUCGUCAUGCACAAUUCCAGCGUAAUGGUACACUUCCUGCCUUCAAGCCACCCAGACGAGUGGGGCAAUGUUAGUGAGGGUCAGACACGGCCUCGAGUCGUCAAGAGAGGCAUUGAAGAUGUUGAAACCAUUGAGGAAGGCGAGCCCAGCCAGAUUGAUCAUCUGGUCUUCGUAGUGCAUGGCGUGGGUUCUGUGUGUGAUUUUCGCUUUCGCUCAGUUGAAGAGUGCCUUGAUGACAUUCGGCACAUAUCUCUGGGGCUCAUCAAGAGCCACUUUAGUGUACCCUCCCAGGAGGGUAAUAUUGGGCGCAUCGAGUUUCUGCCAGUCUCGUGGCACUCAACAUUGCACAGCGAUGCUACAGGCAUUGAUAGUGCCCUUAAGCACAUCACUCUCAGGAGCAUCCCGAAGCUGCGUCAUUUCACUAACGACACGCUUCUUGACAUCCUUUUCUACACUAGCCCCGUCUACUGCCAAACCAUUGUUGAUACUGUGGGCUCGGAGAUUAACAGGUUGUACAGCAAGUUCACAGAACGCAACCCUAGUUUCAAAGGCACUGUUGCACUAGCAGGCCACAGCCUCGGAUCACUCAUUCUGUACGACAUUUUGUCACAUCAGGGUGACACCAGCUCCCAGUCAAGUUCCACAGAUGUCUUUGUUGACUCUCCAAAGGCCGAGAUAACACCACCACCCACAUCGACUCAUGCUUCUGAAGAGGCAUCAGAGCUUCUGCAAAAUGCUGACAAGGAUGUCUCCGUAGAAUCUGUGUUUCAAGAACUCAUGCUUGGUGACUACAUCUCCAAGAUUCAUGAAGAAAAGAUUGACAUAGAAACCCUGAAAAUGUGCUCUGAGGGGGACCUCAGAGAAAUGGGCCUGCCCAUGGGACCACGUAAAAAACUGCUGUCUUACAUGAAGGAGCUCUCUGAGAAACAGAGCCAACACAAGGCACCUCCCACUCAACCAGCCAAGGCAGCACCUCAUCAGCAGGUCCCACUCAGCCCUCAGGCAUCAGUAAGUCCGCAAGUUGGUCGCAAGCGUGAAAGCGUGGCCUCAGUCAACUAUUCUAUGGGCAUGGCUGGCACCGGCCAGCUUUCUGUGAGCUACCCUAAGAUCAACUUCCAUCCAAGCUGCUUCUUUGCCCUAGGAUCUCCCAUUGCAAUGUUUCUGGUAGUACGUGGCAACGAGACCCUUUGUGAGGACUUCAGGUUGCCAACUUGUCCGGCCUUCUUCAACAUCUUUCAUCCGUUUGACCCUGUGGCAUACCGAAUGGAAACCUUAAUUGAUCCAAACUUUACAGCGUGUCCUGUUUUGAUUCCCCACCAUAAAGGUCGCAAGCGAAUGCACCUUGAGCUUAAAGAGAGCCUUAGCCGAAUGGGUUCAGACUUGAAGCAACGGUUCAUGGAUUCACUCCGAUAUACAUGGAACUCACUUAAUGAAUUUGCCCGUGCUCAUCGGUCCUCACCGGCACAAAUGGAGGCAGAGGUGGAUCGUGUGCUCCAGGAAGAAAUUAUCCGUCAGGCCGAUGCAGCUGAAGUUGAGAGCACAGUGACAGUGUCUGAUUUGCAAGGCAUCGAGGACAUUGGUGUGGGCCAGCUGAAUGGUGGUAGACGCAUUGAUUAUGUCCUCCAAGAGAAGCCCAUCGAGAGCUUCAAUGAGUACCUGUUUGCCUUGGCUAGCCAUGCAUGCUACUGGGAAUCUGAGGACACAGUGCUGCUAAUAUUGAAAGAACUCUAUGCCUUGCAAGGGUUUGCACCGCAGCUGGCAACUGGUCGUUCUGCUUCUCAACCCAAAGUGCAGUUGUACAACCCAGCUGCACCACUGGGUAACACCAGCGUAGUGGUGCCACCACCUCCAAUGCCUUUGCUGUCACCAUCAAAAGAAACUUAUGUUGCUCCUAGUGGUGUACCACCUUUACCUCUCGAUGGACCGAGUGCGCCACCCCCAUUGCAGGGAUUUGUGCGUGUGUCGCCUCUCACUCGAAAGUAGGUGCUUUCCCACAUGCCUGGCACUGUCAGAGCACAUAUGUUCUGCUGCUGCAAGUAAGCCAAGUCAGCAGCACUUUCCCAGUCUUUUGUUGAUGGCUUUGUGCUCCCUUGUGAAGCAUCUGUGCUGUCAGAUGCUCCCUGUAGCUUGUUUUUAAUGGGAAAUGUGAUGAACCUGCACUUUAUGGACAUUUGGAAGACAUAGCUGCACCAUUUGAACAAUGGAUCACUAGCACAGGUGACAGACAGUGUUACAUGCUUGAUUUGGCAUUGUUGCAUCUCAUGCAUUGUGGAGAAAAGUUGGCCUUUAUGUGCAGCAUGCUAGUUGAAAGGUGCAAUUUUACAUUGUGUUUUGCUUACAGAAUUACGUGAACACAAGGCACAUAAAGUUGUAGUGUGUGUGUGUGCAUAGUAUGAUCCAUAAAGUGCUCCACUGGCCAGCAUUGAAGAACUGGCCUCUGAAGAAAUUGAUCAAUAAAUAAAGUGCAAAUCAUU